GGUGAGCAGAGUGUGCUUACUGGCAUAUUUAGCACAGAGAAAAGCAUCAUUGUGGUGGAUUAGUCAGAGAAAGUCACAAUAAAAACAGCCGACAGGGCCGAUACAUUCACCUCAUCAUUCACACAUAGAGCGUCAAGACUGCAGUAUAUCACACAGAGAAUGAGGGUUUUGCUCGCUCUCACCACUCUUGUGGUUGUGGCUCGUGCAGCCAGUGUCUCUCUGGAGGACCUGGAGUUCCACGCCUGGAAACUGAAGUUCGGUAAGGGUUAUGGUUCAGUGGAAGAAGAGUCUCAGCGUAAGAUGAUCUGGCUGGACAAUCGUAAGCUGGUCCAGGAGCACAACAUGCUGGCUGACCAGGGCAUCAAAAGCUACAGACUCGGCUUGAACCACUUUGCAGACAUGGACAACAAUGAGUUCCAGGCCAGGUUCGGCAGCUGCCUGGGAUCCUUUAACAUGACCAAGGCUCACACUGCAACUGCAGACAUCAGACCAACAGGGGGCGUUGAUCCACCAAAUUAUUUAGAUUGGAGGAGUAUGGGCUACGUGACUGAAGUUAAAAACCAGCAACUCCUUAACUCCUGUUGGGCCUUCAGCGCGACAGGGGCUCUAGAAGGUCAGAUGUUUCGGAAGACGAGGAGGCUGGUACCCCUGAGCGAGCAACAGUUGGUUGACUGCUCUCAGGAUUUUGGAAACAGUGGCCAUAAAGGUGGUUGGCCGAACUGGGCCUUUGAGUACGUCAAGUCCAGAGGAGGCCUGCAGGCAGAGUCCACCUAUCCAUACGAGGCCGAGGUUGGGUGGUGCCGGUUUAAUCAACAGAAUGUUGUAGCUACCUGCAAGGACUACAAAUCAUUGCCCAAUAGAGACGAGAAUGAUCUGCAGCAUGCCAUAGCCAGAAUUGGACCUAUUUCUGUAGUCAUAGACAAUUCCGUAUCCACCUUCCAGCUCUAUAAGUCAGGUGUGUAUGCUGAGCCAAACUGCAACAGCACUAAGCCAACUCACGCUGUCCUUCUUGUUGGUUACGGCACUGACUGGAACAAACAGGACUACUGGCUGGUAAAGAACAGCUGGGGUAUUGAGUGGGGUGAAGGAGGCUACAUCAAGAUGGCCAGGAACAAGAAUAACCAGUGUGGUAUCGCCUCAUAUGCUGUCUAUCCUGUGGUUUAAAGAUUGGAAAGACAGAACGGAGGAGGUUACAGAGUGAUCAGAUCAAAAUUUAUUUACCUAUGCAGCAAAAAAAAGAGAAAAAAAAUCAUCAGUUUCUGUUUUUUCUUUAUCUUGUUUUAUUUUCCUUUCCUUUUUGGAGUGGUUUUAGCUUUAGAUAAACCACUACAGUGCUUCUAUCCUUUCAACAAAAUAAGCAUUGUCUAAAAAAUUUAAAUCAGUGUGAAAUAUUUCUGCUU